UGACACAUCAGCAGGUAUAAAUAACGGAGUCUGAACGUCUGAGACACAGAGGAGAAGCAGAAGUUUGGAAUCAAGUUCAUUCAGCUGCAGUGAACCACACUGACCACAGAUUUUCAGUUUGUCCAGUUCAACAGUAAGGAUGAAGCUGUUAUCACUUCUCUUCCUCCUGGCUCCACUGCUGAUCAGCUGUGAAGCGGCUGAGGAUCAACUGCCAGUUGAUUGUGAUGACAUCUACAAUAAGGAUAAUAAUCUUACCAGUGGAGUUUACAUCAUCUAUCCAAGUGGAUCUACAUCUGCUAUUCAGGCUUACUGCGACAUGGACUCAGAGGGAGGACGCUGGACGGUUUUCCAGAGGAGGAUGGAUGGCUCUGUAAACUUCUACAGACCCUGGGCGGAGUACAAGAGAGGCUUUGGAAACGCUGCUGGAGAGUACUGGCUGGGUCUUGAUAACAUCCGUGAAUUGACACGGAGUCAGAAUUAUGAACUGAUGGUCGACAUGGAGGACUUUGAAGGAAACAAAAAGUUUGCUCUUUACUCUUCAUUUAAAGUCGAUGCUGAGUGUGAGGGUUACCUUCUGCAUGUGAGCGGUUUCAACAACAAAGGGGGCGCUGGAGACAGCCUUGCCUAUCACGGUGGAAUGAAAUUUUCCACCUUUGACAAAGACCAGGACCAGUGGAGCAGCAACUGUGCCAAAAAAUAUCUCGGUGCUUUCUGGUACAAAGAAUGUCACAAUGCAAACCCCAAUGGGGUUUAUCGCUGGGGGGCUGACAACACACUCCAUCAUAUUGGAGUGGAAUGGCGUCAAUGGAAGGGAUUUAAUUACUCCCUGAAAAGCAUCAGCAUGAAGAUCCGUCCUGCCAAGUAAAUCUGCAGGUCAAACAUCCUGCAAAAAAUAAUGAGUUGCUUUUUCUUAUAAUCAACCAUCAACUUUUGGCUUCAAACAUGAAUCAAAAGUUCACUUGAUUACUAAUAAAUAUAAUCCAGUUAAUUAAAUCAUUGGUGAGAGUUUGCUACCUGUAAUCAAUUUAUCUCUGAUAAUAAAUAAGAUGCCAGCAGCAAUA